AUGGCCAAAGUCGAGAGCACGAGCCUGCCGGGCCCCACGCAUACGCCGAGUGACGAUUCCAACAGCUCUGCCAGCAGCAGUAGCAACUCUUCAACGUCGACCGUAAAGCCCGAGCCGUCGCCACCCGCCGCUGUCCAGUCGUUUCCCCCACCCAAGAACGACAAGCCUCGGCCGCACAUCUGCACAACGUGCACGCGUUCCUUUGCACGGUUAGAGCACCUGAAGCGACACGAGCGAUCCCACACAAAAGAGAAGCCCUUCGAGUGCCCCCAAUGCACAAGAUGCUUCGCGCGCCGCGACCUGCUCCUGCGCCACCAGCAGAAGCUGCAUCAGCAGGGCGCGACUUCCGCCCGUCCCCGCACUGGACGCAGGGAAAGCACCACCGGCCUUCCCUCCAACGCCUCUGCCCGCGUGCGCAAGAACUCGAUAUCCAGCCAUGCCGGCCCCGGCGCCAAGGGCAACACCAUGCGCCCGCGUGCAAAUACCAUCAGCCACAUUGAUCCCAAUUCGUUUAGCAGCUUCCUUGCAUCCGCGAUACCAGGCGCCAGAGGGGGCCACUCUGGCCAUACCCAACAUGCGAGCCUUUCGGGCAUCAGCCAGUUUGAUUACCGGGGCAUGUCGACGGCCAUGGGCAACCACGGACAGCCUCAGGCGCUACCAAGACUGGACACCCACCUUCCAUUUAGCAUGGGCGGCGGCGGUCUUCGUACAGCGCCAAUACAGGGCAUGGUUGGGCCCGACGACCGCGAACUCGAGAAAUUCUUUGGAUCAUCAGCCGCGUCUACCAUCAACCCGAACCAGCUGCAUCACUUCAAUGCAAGCGUCGGAAUUCCACAGUCGCCCUUCAAGCGCUUCGCGAAUCCCUUUGCCGGCAACAACCCAAUCGAGGAAGAUGACUUCAGCUGGAGCAUGGGCAUGGACAAUUCCUUGGUAUUUUCGGGUGCAAACGAGUCGGCCCUAGACGGCUCAUCACCGUCAGCCAUAAGUACGGCGAGUCAGGGCGCCUUCCAUGACAUGAUGCUAGACGGCUCAAGCCAGCCAAACUCGGCUGCCAUGUGGCACAAUCCACUUGUGACGCACGCAGGCAUCAACCCGACAACCUUCUCCCUCGACUCCAUGGCCCCGAUGUUCCCUGAGCUCACGAUGAACACCAGCACUUCUCAGGAACUUGGCGAUCAGGGCGUGCAGAAUGAUUUCUACACGUCGACGCCGCCUCCUUUAGCGGCCAUGAGCCCUUCAGCGGGGAUACCCGGUAUGCCGAACCAGUAUUUUCAGACGCCCAUGACAUUCGCUUCUGAUGCUCACAGCAUAUCCUCUUCCUCUGUCAACGGCAGCGUCAGACACAGUUCUGUUUCCUCCUUUUCAACUGAAACAAUCACAGAGUCUACGAGGCAAGCUUUGAUGCACAACCUGAGCCAGGCCUUGGGGUACGGCCAAAUACCCCAACGGAGGUUCUCGCAGCCAGCCAUUAGUUCCCCUCUGUCCUCGAGCGGGGCCUCCAAACACUCAAACCUGACCGGCUUAUUACCCAGCACCAUGGACAUUCAGCGAUACGUAAACGCCUACAUUCAGUACUUUCAUCCCCACAUGCCUUUUCUACACAUUCCAACACUAUCUUUCGAUACCCCAGCAUACACAUACCAGCUCCGCACGGCGGGCAAUUUCAACCAAGAUACCAUGGUCGGUGGAGGCGGCUGCCUGAUUCUUGCAAUGGCCGCCAUUGGCGCUCUCUAUGAAUUUGAACAAAACACUGCAAAAGACCUGUUUGAAGCCGCAAAGAAGCUGAUUCUCUUCUAUCUUGACGAACGCCGCAAAGCCGGUCUUUCCGCAGUCAACGGGCCCAGUGCCGCAAACGACAACAUCAACAAACCGCCCCUGUGGCUGGUCCAGGCCAUGCUGCUCAAUCUCAUCUUUGGCCUCAACUGCGGCGAUCGGCAGGCUGCAGAGGUGGCAAGCACGCAUUGCGCGGCCCUUGUGAGUCUAGCCAAGGCUGCUGGUUUGGACAAGCCUACACCUCCAGAGCAGACUUCGACUUCGCCAAGCAAUACCAACGGCGAUGUCAACAUGUCCGACGAUGCAAGUUCGCAGACCGAGCAACAAAAGGACAGUGUAGAUGAGCAUACCCAGUGGAUACAAUGGAAGAAGGUUGAAGAGCGCAAGAGAACUUACUUUGCCAUCUUCUCCAUGUCCAGCCUGCUUGUUUCGGCGUAUGCACACUCACCCCGCAUUUUGAAUUCUGAGAUUCAUCUAGAUCUGCCUUGCCAAGAGGAUCUCUGGUCUGUCGAUAAUCCUCAAGCAUGGGUAGCAAUGGGAGGGCCCAUGCUGGCGCAAACUCGAGGCUUGUCCUUCAUCACCGCCAUGACAUACCUCCUUGAAGCUAGCACACGGCAAUCCACGUCCAGAAUGCGAAACACAUACCCACAGGGAUUUUCAGGAGGUCAAUCGAUGAACGGCACCUCUGAAAGCGAUAUUCGACCAAGCACUUUCGGCUGCUAUGUCUUGAUCAACGCAAUGCAUGUCUAUAUUUGGGAAACCAGGAACAGGCACAACGGACGCUUGUGGAAAGUCCACGAGACUGAAGCGAUGCAUGCGCAAGUCGAGCCUGCGCUUAAAGCUUGGCAGGUUGCUUGGAGAGCCAAUCCGAAUCACAGCCUCGAGCGACCGAAUCCUUUUGGGCCCUUGGCCGCUGACUGCAUACCGCUACUAGACCUCGCCUAUGUGAGGCUUUUUGUGAAUCUUGGUCGAGCCAAGGAGCUUCUGUGGCAGCGUGACUAUGACGGCAUGGCGAAUGAACUAGCAAGAGGUCUGGACGUGGUAGGCCAAAUGGACGAUACACCUGAGCGCUCCUCCCCUAUGGAUCUUAGCCACUCGUCUUCGCCAGGCCAGACGGGAUCCAAUGACCACAUCAGUCCUGGACGCGCCAGCAACGGCCUUCCCAACAGUCCUUCAUCCAAACGCGAAAGGCAUCUUCGCAAAGCUGCCUUUUAUGCUGCAGACUCGAUUGCCAUGUCAGAUAAGCUAGGCUUGUCGUAUGGCGACUUCUCUGCCAGGGAUUUGCCCAACUCGUCGGCAUUGUGCACAUUUGAUUGCGCCCAGGUCCUUGCUGAAUGGGUUGCAACUCUCCAAGAUCGUGUUGGGCGCUACCUUGGUGUCUUGGGCAGAGACGAGGUCAAUUUCUCAGAGGUACCAGCAAUCUUGUUGCUUGAAGAGGAGGAUGUGAAGCUUUUGCAAAAAAUCGCCGACAUUCUUCACAACGCCGACAUGAAGUUGGCCUACGAUAUCUCUACGAACAACAUGCCCAUGCUGGGUAGCCUUUCGAACCUGGCGCAUUGCGGAUAUGGCACAAAGCUAUUAAUGGUGACGGCUUACAUGCUUUCCAAGUCCGUUGUCUGGCCCGUCAUCCAUAUCCAAGCUCGUGCACUCGAAGCACACGCCCAGUACAUUAGCCAACGCGCAGAAAACUCUACCAUUCAGUAA